AUGCAUGCGCGCGUCCCCCAGUCCCCCCUCGCUGCCUCAGCUCGCUGCUAUGGUGCCAUGCGCCUUCCCCCCCCCACGCCUCUCCACCCACUCACUUGUGCUGUGCUCACCGUUCACUCGCACUUCUCUCUUGUGACCGCUUCCCUCUGCUUACACCCCCCUGCCAGCACACCUACAGGCCGGCAGCAGCAGAAGGCAUGGAGGAGCAGUGGGAGCAGCGUGGCGAGCGGGAGAGGCGAGUGGUGGGAUGACGCACGGCCUGGGCUGGCCCUGCUGACCACUGCCCUCGCCCAACCUCCCGGCAGCACCAGCGCGACCGACCGUGGCGUCUCUGAGUGGCGCUGCGGCAGCAGGGGCAGUGUGGCGGCAAGGAGAGGCGCAUGGCCGUCUUCCCUCUGCCUACACCCCUCUGCCAGCACACCUACAGGGCGGCAGCAGCAGAAGGCAUGGAGGAGCAGUGGGAGCAGCGUGGCGAGCGGGAGAGGCGAGUGGUGGGAUGACGCACGGCCUGGGCUGGCCCUGCUGACCACUGCCCUCGCCCAACCUCCCGGCAGCACCAGCGCGACCGACCGUGGCGUCUCUGAGUGGCGCUGCGGCAGCAGGGGGAGUGUGGCGGCAAGGAGAGGCGCAUGGCCCUUCCCUCUGCCUACACCUCUCUGCCAGCACACCUACAGGCCGGCAGCAGCAGGGAGCAUGGAGGAGCAGUGGGAGCAGCGUGGCGAGCGGGAGAGGCGAGUGCUCGCGUACUUGAGGCGCGGAGGCAGAGGUAGCUACGGGGCGGUGGGAUGA